AUGGGUGGAGGUCCAGUCAGCCCAUCAUCAAAGCCCAUCCCCAACGCCCGUCUCACGCUUCGCCGCGCAACGAUAGAUGACUUGGACGACAUAACUUGGAUAGCCGUUAAUGGAUCACUAGAUGACCCAGGCACAGAUUACAGAUUCCCAUACCGCGAUAAGUACCCAGAAGACUUUUGGAAGUGGACAAGAAUAGAGCAUGAGGAAUUAUUCGAACGGCCGGAUAAACUUGUCAUCCUGGUAGUAACAGCACCCGUGCUUGACGAUGGAGAAGUCAUCCAUCAGCCCAUUUCUUACGGCGUAUGGGACAUGAAAGUCACAAGCGACUUUAUACCAGGAGACCACGGCAUCAACGAACGUCACGACGCAAACAAAAAGCACAUGGAAGAAUAUUCUAAAGCGCUCCCAGCUGGUCUAAAGAAGUAUUUUAAGAAAUUCGGUUCAGAGCAACUUCCUUUAUGGGAGGUAGUUACGCAUCCUGACUUUAGGAGGAAGGGAGCAGCGAGUAUGAUAUGUGAAUGGGGGCAGAAGGAGGCGAAUAAGGAUGGGAAGAGUUUGAGUUUGUUAGCUACUCCAAUGGGCAAAGGGUUGUAUUUGAAGUUGGGGUAUCGUGUUCUUGGGAGUGUUGUUGUGCAGGUUGAGGGGGAGGAGGAGAGGAUUGUUGUUGAUGCUAUGGUUAAACACAAUAAGUGA